UGCCGUUUGAUUUCACUGACACGAUCAGUACUAUAACAUUGGACAAUGCUGCGAGUAAGGUGUCUGAGAGGAGGUAGCAGGGGGGCUGAAGCUGCCCAUCUGAUCGGAGCCAUGAUUGGUCGGUCUGUGACUGGAUGGGUGCAGAGGGCCUUCGAGAGCACCUCCAGCGCAGCAGCUGCACAGCCGCAACGUGCAGUGGUAGAUGAGCAUGUUACUGAGCCUGAACUGCAGGAGUGUCCUGUCUGCAGCCACAAUGAAUGGGACACACUUGAGGAGGUGAUCGUGGGUCGUGCUGAAAACGCCUAUGUGCCUCCCUUCACUGUGGAAGUGAAAGCUAACACAUAUGAGAAGUAUUGGCAAUUCUACCAGCAGCAUGGGGGCCAACCUUUUCCUGCUGAACACUUGAAAAAAGCGGUUUCUGAAAUUGAAGAAAUGUGCAAUAUUCUGCGUCAUGAGGGUGUCACUGUGAGGAGGCCAGAACCCAUUGACUGGUCCAUGGAGUACAAAACUCCAGACUUCACCUCAUCUGGCAUGUAUGCUGCCAUGCCAAGAGACAUCCUUAUGGUUGUGGGAAAUGAGAUUAUUGAGGCUCCUAUGGCCUGGAGGGCUCGCUUCUUUGAGUACCGAGCAUACAGACCUUUGAUCAAGGAGUACUUCAGAAAAGGUGCUAAGUGGACCACAGCUCCUAAACCCACUAUGUCGGAUGAGCUGUAUGAUCAGGACUACCCUAUCCGCACAGUGGAGGACAGACACAAGCUGGCUGCCCAGGGGAAGUUUGUGACCACGGAGCACGAGCCCUGCUUCGAUGCUGCUGAUUUCAUUCGUGCAGGGAAGGACAUUUUUGUCCAAAGGAGUCAGGUUACAAAUUACAUGGGAAUUGAGUGGAUGCGUCGUCACCUGGCACCCGACUACAAGAUCCACAUCAUCUCAUUCAAGGACCCGAACCCCAUGCACAUUGAUGCCACUUUUAACAUCAUCGGGCCAGGACUGGUGUUGUCAAACCCUGACCGCCCAUGUCACCAGGUUGACAUGUUCAAGAAGGCCGGCUGGACUAUUGUGAAACCUCCAACGCCUCUGAUUCCUGAUGACCACCCACUGUGGAUGUCCUCCAAAUGGUUGUCUAUGAAUGUCCUGAUGUUGGAUGAGAAGCGUGUUAUGGUUGAUGGCAAUGAAACCAGUAUUCAAAAGAUGUUUGAAAGCCUCGGUAUCAAGACCAUUAAAGUGAACAUUCGCCAUGCCAACUCUCUGGGUGGUGGCUUCCACUGCUGGACAACUGAUGUCCGCCGCCGUGGUACCCUGCAGUCCUACUUCCACUAGCCUUGCCAGAAAUAGGCAGUUUUUAUUGAGCUUUAAAGAUUAAAGCCUCAGCUGGGGAUUUUGAUGCCACUUUAAUUUUUUUGUAAUGUAACUAUUUACACACAGGUUAGCGAAGGGUUAGGAUCUUAUCUUUUUGGGUCUCAUCUUUUUCAACUCUUCAAACCUGUAUGAAACAAACAUAAAGCCAAUAACAGAACAAUCUUAUCACGACAGGUGGCACUAAGGCCCUUUUUCAGAGUGGGUCUUUAUAUCCCAAAUGAACAUGCAUGGAUUGUUUUUGAUUUGACAUCGUUGUGCAUCGCAAUGCCUUUUUGCAAACAGUUUUGUUCAGAUAUAUAUAAUGCUCAAUAGCAACAAAUGAAAACCACUUUCUUUCAAUCAGUAAUCUCAAUAAUAACUGCAUUUCUGGCCUGGCUAUUGUGAAGCUGAAUUGUUUAUGGAUAAUACAUCUAAAAGCCGUAACAUUGAGGACAAGGUACAGUUUGGUAUGUGAAUGUCAUCAAACUAGGGCACAGGAGGGGAGAAACUCCCUCCGCUUGAAAACUCAAAAACCAUAAUCCUAUCUUUUUCCAAAGUAUUUUCUUUUUGUUUAAAGAAAUGUAUAAAAGUUGUUACGUUGGUCAUUAAACUAUAUUCAUUUCUUAUCGCUAAUAUAUUAUUUUGUAAAGAUUUUAAUUGAUUGAACAGACAAAGUUAUAUUUAUAUUUUUCAUACUCUUUAUUGGAUUUCCCUACAAUUAGUGUUUUUAUAGAGCUAAGUAUACUUAAGUAUGCGGUCCAUAUCAAAUAUUGUAUACCUUUUGCCUCUGCUGUUUUCUCCUGUUGCAAAUCUGGGCCAGUUAUAUGCUGCUAGCCAUUCUCACUGAACUGCUUGGCCGCUUUUUUUGCAAAACAAAAAUGCCUACAGAAUGAAAAAGAUUUAUGUUUCAUGAUUCCUUUGUUGCAUGUGCAGUAGGAUACAAGCUUGUAGAUGUUUAGCUCCUUAAGUCUGCCUUGAUGUUCAUUUAAAUAAAUUCAAGGGAAGUUAUGGCUCUGUGGAGGAAUGCGAGUGAAGUUUUGUAGUAUGCAACAUUAUUAAAUAUAAUCAAAAAGA